GCACAUCGCGAGCCUCCUCAACGCGGGCCACUUGAUACCCACGCUCCUCCACGCUGGCGCCGACACGUCCUUACGAGACAACAGUGGGCGCACCGCCGAGCAGCUCGCGCAGGACAAGUCGUCCGACGAGGUGCUCAAGCAGUUUUCGGUGCUCGCCCUCUGA